AUGGAGUUCAAAGGAGUGUGCGUGCUGCUGGGAGUACUGCUACUGGUGAACUGCUCGUUUCAACAGACUCCACCAAAGAAGAAGCUAAUAAAGAAAGAUACGGCAAGGGAUUCUGCCAUUGAGGACUUACAGAAACAAAUCAAUGACAUCGUCCAGGAGCUCAACCUACUGAAGGAACAACAAGCCCUGCAGACAGUUUGUCUGAAAGGCAUAAAGAGCCAUGGCAAGUGCUUCUUGGCUGACACUGUAAGAAAACGCUAUCACACUGCCAGUGAGGACUGUAAUGCCCUGGGCGGUGUCCUCGGUACACCCACAUCCCGCGAUGAGAAUGACCAGCUCAGAGACUACAUCCGCCAGAGCAUUGGCCCAAAUGAGCAGGUCUGGCUUGGCGUCAACGACAUGGUGACUGAGGGCACCUGGGUGGAUCAGACCGGCUCCAGCAUUACAUACAAAAACUGGGACACCUCCAACCAGAGGUCCCCUCAGCCAGACGGCGGCCAGUCCCACAACUGCGCCGUCCUGUCUGAUGCCUCUAAUGGGAAGUGGUUUGACGAGAACUGUCGUGAGGAGAAGCCCUCCAUCUGCCAGUUCAACAUUGUUUGAUCACAUGUAUCUUAUCAUAGACUGCGCAUGGUUAUAGCUGCUUUCAGUGUGUACCCCUGCUGCGAUGCUGCUCUGCCUGCUAUUCUAAAGAGAGCUUUAAACCAGUGGUUCUCGGCUGGUUUUGCAUCAGGACUAAAUUCUGAUUUAGAAGUCACAGUCAGCAGCAUGUGACAUAUGGGUUUGUUAUUUUUGACAAAAGCAAUCUGGUGAUGUGUCAUUUGUAACAUUCCUUGUGGUCACAGUAAAACCAGGAGGAACAGAAUAAGCUAGAGAUUGUGGGACACCAUCUCCUCCAAAGGACUAGAUCUAUGUCCUACAUAUCCUUUUAAAAAAAGGAUAUAAUUUUUGCAAUUAUUUCAAAACAUAUUGAUUGUUCAUAAUUCAGAGUGCCAGUACUCCUGCAACAGAAGGUGUGUAGGUGCUGGCACCUUUCACGAAUGUUUAAAAACUGGGUGUAACUAUCUAUUAUUUCCACACACCUCUGUUGAGACUCACUAGUUGAGAACCACUGGUUUAAACUCGGAUAACCCCUUUGCCAUUACUGCAUAAUGACAAGACUCACAUGGAGCCAGAAUUCUAAGAGAUAUUUCAUUAAAAUAGACGUGAUUUCAGUUUGCUAGCCUUGUAGUCUCCUAUGUCUGGCCUGGUGUAACCUGAAA